AGUAAACACGCUCUUAUUUUGAAAAUCCCCUACCCAUAAGCCUUCGUAAACCUUCCUGGCUUGACAGCAGUUGCGGAGUUAUUAUCACGUUUUAACGUGUUUCGGCUAAAAUGUAGUUCUUUUUAGUAAAUUGAAAUCGUCCCAUUCAUCCCACUGCAACUAUAAAGACGUGCAAUAAAUGGAUAAACCAGUCAGGACUCGAGGUCCGGCCGCCGCCACCCUUCCCCGAUAGAACCGGUAACCUUCCAGUUACCAGCCAACCCCGCGCUCACGGUUCUUGUUAAUGCCCCAGGUCCGGCCGCCGCCACCCUCCCCCUGGCGUCCCUGCGCCUGCUGGCCUCCCCUCUGCAGCUGGCCUACUCCUACAUCUGGCAGGUCAUCGAGAGGAGGAACGUCAGGCGCUACGACAAGGUGGAGGAGUUCGUCACCAUGGUGACGCAGACGGUCCCGGAGCUCAUGAGCGCCAAGCAGACGGCCCAGCUGCUCCUGGGCCUGAGGGCGCGGAUCAUUUUGGAGUUGGUCAGAGCGGCGACGCCAGACUGCUUGGCCAUCCAGACUCUCAUCAACAAGCUGAAGAUCCCAGCUGCAAUAAUAAUAAGGGAUGUCGACGUGGAGAAGUCUCAGACUAACUUCAUGGUCCUGGUCCAGAUUCUGCUCAAAAGCGCAGCUGAGAGACAUCGCUUCUUCCAGGAGGUGUUUCCCGUUCAGUAUGGGACCAAGUACGACACUGCGCUGCAGGCUCUUAUCGCAGGAAUGGUGUACAAACUGGAGCAGCUGCUGCCUGUGCCCAACCUCUCAAAGCUGGGCACCAUGAUCCCCAGCCAACCCUCUGUCCUGGAGGAGUGCGGCCACUUCAUCCCCGACCACGGAGACCUGAGGGUCCUGCUGCGACACCAGAAGCAGAAGGGCUUCCUAACCACCAGUGCCAUCUCCUCCACGGUGGGCGACUGCGUGCUCUCCUCCCUGUCCUUCCUCCCGCGCCCCCUGGAGCCCGUCCAGCCGGAGGAGCCCCCGGCCCCACACCCCCCCGCCGGCAACCACCCAGAGGUGGAGGUAGAGGCGACCCCCGACCCAACGGACGAGGACCCCAGCGGCGGGCCGCCCGUCUCCGAGGGUCCCGUCGCGGCGGCCGUCGAGUCCACGGGCGGCGGGGGCGGGGCCCUGGAGAGCCUCUCCGCCGUGCACGACGUCCCUCUCCCCCCACAGGAAGCGCGCACGACUCCGGAGGAGGAGGAGGAGGCGGCGGGCGCAGAGACGCGCGGCGCCUCGCCGUCCAGCCCUCCGCCCUCACGCCACCGCGACGGAGAAGACACGGAGGCCACGGCGCCGCCUGAAGCCCCCGCCACUGCCGCCCACGAGACAGUCGCAGCUCGGCGGCCCCCUCCCCCCCCGGAGAGGCCGGCCUCCCUCCGGGGGUUCCACACGCCCUCCAGACCCGCCCCCGCCCCCGCCGCCGCCGCGGAGGGCGACGCCCAACAGCGGCUGCAGAUCCAGCGCGUCACGCUGCACCAGUGGGUCUCCCAGAUGGCCUCCAACAGCCUCUCGCUGCCGCCCCUGCCGCCCCUCAGCCCCCCCAGGGCGGGCCCCGGCGGGGGCGGGACUAGCGGCGGCGGCGGCGGCGGCGGGCACUCGGGCGCCCGGAAGGACCGGCGGCGGCGCGCCAAGUCGCCCGUGGAGCGCUUCACCUGCGACACGUGCGGCAAGCGCUUCGCCUACCAGUCGAAGCUGACGGAGCACCGGCGCAUCCACACGGGCGAGAAGCCCUUCGCCUGCGUCACCUGCGGCAAGGGCUUCCGCACGCAGGCCUUCCUCAACACGCACCUGCCCAUCCACAGCGCGGCGCGGCCCUACAACUGCGGCCACUGCGGCCGCUGCUUCCACCGCAUGCCCAGCCUGAAGAAGCACAUGCUGACGCACAGCGAGCGCAAGCCCUUCCACUGCGGCGUGUGCGACAAGGGCUUCACGCAGUCCACCUACUUCAAGCGCCACAUGGAGUGCCACGCCAGCCGCAGCAGCUUCCCGUGCGGCGAGUGCGCCAAGGCCUUCCCCACCGAGUUCAAGCUGGCCAACCACCGGCGGUGGCACGCGCGCGACCGGCCGCACAUGUGCGAGCGCUGCGGCAAGCGCUUCCUGGUGCCCAGCCUGCUGAAGCGCCACAUGGGCUACCACGUGGGCGAGCGCCAGUACCUCUGCGCGCAGUGCGGCAAGACGUUCGUGUACCUGUCGGACCUGAAGCGCCACCAGAAGGACCACGGGCCCAAGACCAAGCUGCCGUGCCACGUGUGCCACAAGAAGUUCUCCAGCAAGUACUGCCUGCGCAUCCACAUGCGCAUCCACACGCGGGAGAAGCCGUACGCGUGCCCCGUGUGCGACAAGGCCUUCACGCAGAUCGGCAACCUCAAGGUGCACGUGCGGCUGCACAACGACGAGAGGCCCUUCAGCUGCGAGCAGUGCGGCAAGAGCUACAAGCUGAUGUCGCACCUCAAGGCGCACAAGCGCACGCACCUCUUCAAGAAGCCCUGGACGUGCGCCUCCUGCGGGAAGGGGUUCUCUCUGCCGGGCCUGCUGAAGAAGCACGAGGAGCUGCACGCCCGGGACGCGGCCGGGAUCCCCGGGACGCGGCCUCACCGCAGCAAGGCGCCGUCGCACAAGAAGCGGUACGAGGAGGAGGAGGACGGGGACGGGGGCGGGGUCGGGGCCGGGGAGGGUUAUUGAUGGAGGCGGCGGGAGUUAUUUUUUUUACUGGUGAUGAAUUGUGUGCUUUUUUUUUUUGCUUUUGUUGUCGUGAAGCCAUAGCCUGGAUCAUGAUGGAAUGGUCUUUGAUCUACUUGUAGGGCUGGUUCCUGGUCAGGGUUGGGACCGGCAAAUGAUGGCUGCCGCAAGGCUGGCUUUGCAUGUCUGUGACGGUUGAAUGGGAUCUAUUCUGUUUCUAUUCAUGUGCUGAAUCCGGUUGCAUUCGUAUGCAUUGUUUUGUUAAUAAGAGGAAAUGUAAGCUUGUAUGACACGCAUCUGAUUGAUCUGUUCAUGAUCACACAUUUUAGAUCAAUGGAAGAAUUCUCAAAUGAUGGUGGAAAUGUAAGGCCAUUUUGUCUGUAUCACGUUUCAGACAAAGCUGUGGUAUUUUAGACCACAUUUUAUUGUAAGACAUCUUGAUAACUGUAAGCGUUUGUGCUUACGGCUACUACCAGAAUGUUAUAAUUUCUUCAUACAUGUACACCCUUUUUUUAAUAUACCAGUCCACCCAAUUGCAUUUCAAACGUAAGAUGAGCCAGUGUUGUACAUAACAAAAUAACUUCAUAAUAUCUGCUAAUUUGUCUGCAUUCAUGAAAUAUGUAACGUAUGCAUCUAUAUGCAUAAUAUAUCCUGUUAUACCCAAUAAUUUAGAUUACCUGAAGCUUCAAAUGUGGAAUAGAAUCCGGUGGGUCAAAAUGAUUUCAGUUCUGUUUCAUGGUGGAUAUUAAUGAGCACUGAGUCCAUGGCCAUAGAGGAGCUGGCUGAAUGUAUCCUAUACUUUGUAUUAAAAAUAGUGUGCAUUUAAGCAAUCAUGUGAGCAGACUUGGACUAGAAAAUAUCUAUUUGUACAGUUUUUUGUAGACGUGCUUCUUACCUUGAAGGGAAAUAAACUUUACAACCAAAAUGAGUUGUGGCAAUUUGUUUGUCCCAUCAUGACAUGCCACCAUCUAUCCGUCACACAUCUAGUUGUACACGCCCACCUGUAAUGUCAUAAGGGGCAGAUUUCCAAACGGCUUGUAACUGCUAAUCACACCACACCUGGUGGCAUGUCAUGGAACCGAUAACAUUUCAGCACAAUGAGACACGU